UGAGAAUGGUUAGAGAGGACUGAGAAAUGUGAAGUGAGAAGCGCAGCUGACGGAUGUGAACGGUGUAGUGUCCUCCACCCUUGUUGUUGUCUCUUUCACACUCUACUUUUAAUAAUAUAAACCAGGCAUUUCCAAUAUGGCUCUAUCUUCGGAAUUUGUAUCUCUUGUUGAGCAAGAAAUCCCAGAGGGACGGCAGUCGCUCUCUGAUUCUCACGCCAACUUAGAGAAAGUAGCUGCCUACUGUAUUGAAAACUUUGCACGGGCAGAGAAUAAAGCCAGUGCAUUGGAGGAGACAAAGAACUAUACAACACAGUCACUUGCAAGUGUGGCCUACCAGAUUAACACACUUGCUUACAACUUUCUGCAAAUGGUUGAACAACAAGCACACCAGUUGGCUGAAAUGGAGAGUCAAGUCAACUAUAUCUCUCAGAUGGUGAUGGUACACAAAGAGAAAGUUGCUCGAAGAGAGAUUGGCGUCCUGACGACGAACAAGACGACUGCUCGACAAUACAAGAUCUUGGCUCCAGCAAAUACUGAGAAGCCAAUUAAGUAUGUAAGGAAACCAAUUGACUUCACAAGUUUAGAUGAUGUUGGCCAUGGGAUACGCUCAUCAUCAAGUAGUACGCCUCGGUCUCGACGAUCCACCAGCAGUGUGGGGAUGCCACCACCUCCAGCCCACCAACAGCCACCAACAUCAGCUGGACCAGCACCCACAACUAAGCCUCCCACUCCACCUCAGGCAAACAGAUCAGUCAGCAGUCUCUCUCGUGGCUCGCGCGAAUAUCGUACACCCCCUGCAGUUGCUCCACCUCAGGUGCCCAGUAACUAUGCACCCAAUUACCCAAUUGGCCACCCUCGCCGUAAUGACCGCUCAAGUGGGUACAGUACGCUUCCGCACCAGUCUGCUGCACAUGUGGCUCCCAUGAACCACAAUGGAAGUGGCAGCCCAGCUCCACCUCCACAGGUGGGAACAGUGCACCCUAUGACCCACAUUGUGCCACAGGGAUCCUACACACCCCCACCACCGCCGCCACACAUGCAGGAGCCUCCUCAAUAUGCCUCUCACCCUAUGGGCAUGCCACGCUAUCCUACCCUGAUACGACCUGCCAUGACUUUGCCAAAGAACCUCACUAACAAGAGCCUGUCAAACAAGGCCAACGAGCUGGUCUUAGCACCCCCCUCCCCUGCUUCUUCUGGAGUUAUCAGUGAGCAAGAGUACAACAGUCGAUCAUCUGGUGCUUCUUCUCCUCCUCUUCCUCCACCACCCACGAGUGAUGCAGACAUCCCCCCAGCGGUGCCUCCGCACUUCAUGGAGAAAGUUGUGGAUGACACCCCAGCCCCACACCGUAUCACUGGAUCGACCGCACCUGCUGUUCCUCCACAUUACAUUGAGAAAGUGAUUGCCGUGUAUGACUAUUCGGCCGACAAAGAAGACGAACUCACAUUCUCGGAGAAUGCUGUCAUCUACGUGCUCAAGAAGAAUGAUGAUGGGUGGUGGGAGGGUGUCAUGAAUGGAGUGACAGGCCUCUUCCCAGGAAACUAUGUUGAGCCACUUAUGUGAAGUGACCUACCAGACAAUACUGGCUGGUGGAACAGACUGUGUGUGUAGGGAAAGUGAUGUAUAUUUUUCCUCCGAAAUUAAAUAUGCAACAUGUACCGUUUUGUCAUAGUUUAUAUUAUAUUACGUAGAAAGAAGUUAGUAGGAUACUUUGCAGGAAUUGUAUUUUAACCAUAUUAGAAUACCCAGAUUGUCA